AUGGCACCGCUCUUCUUGUUAACUGAAACUUCUGCUGGAUAUGCCUUACUAAAAGCAAGCAAAGGCACCAAAUUAUUGAAAAAGACGGACUUUUCCGACCAGCUUGAAACGGCCGAAAGUGUUAAUGAGCUACUUAAACUUAAAAAGUUCGUCAAAUAUGACAGUGCUGCAAUAGCUCUCGAGGAAGUUUCUGCCCUGAUAGAUGGUAAAGUGCCACCAAUUCUCAGCAACCUACUUCAAUCACUUCAAGCUGAAAGCAAGGCGUCACUCGCUGUAUCUGAUCCGAAAUUGGGUGUCGCAAUCAACAAGAUUCCAGGGCUCUCGUUGACAACAGUUUCCGAUUCAAGUUCCAAUGAUAUUUUCCGCGCCAUUCGCGACCAUCUUCCAUCAUUGAUCCCAGGACUAGCAGAGGAAAGCAUUGCAACGAUGUCUCUUGGUCUCUCUCAUUCUCUAUCGCGUCAUAAACUUCGAUUCUCUCCAGACAAGGUAGAUACCAUGAUUGUACAAGCCAUUUCACUCCUUGAUGAUCUUGACAAAGAAUUAAACACGUACGCGAUGCGCGUGAAGGAAUGGUACGGAUGGCACUUCCCUGAAAUGGGCAAGAUUGUCAAUGAUAACCUUGCAUAUGCGAAGAUUAUUCUAAAGGCUGGAAUGAGGCAGAAUUGCUCUAAGAGUGACCUAUCAGAGAUCCUACCUGAGGAAAUAGAAACUUCUAUAAAAGCUGCAGCAGAAGUUAGUAUGGGUACCGAAAUCACUGAAGAGGAUCUUCAGAAUAUUCAACUACUCGCUGAGCAAGUAGUUGACUUUACUACAUAUCGUCAACAAUUAUCGAGCUACCUUACCGCUCGAAUGUGUGCAAUUGCACCUAACCUUACCGAAAUGGUCGGCGAGCUAGUUGGUGCCAGACUUAUUUCACACUCAGGGUCACUCAUGAAUUUGGCCAAAAGCCCUGCUAGUACUAUACAAAUUCUUGGCGCCGAAAAGGCUUUGUUCCGUGCUCUGAAAACAAAACACGAUACUCCUAAGUAUGGGUUAAUAUACCACGCCUCUCUUGUUGGGCAAGCCACCGGAAAGAAUAAAGGGAAAAUUGCUCGUAUGUUAGCAGCCAAGGCAGCCAUCGGAAUCCGUGUUGACGCCCUCUCUGACUGGAGCGCUCAUGGCGAAGGAAAAGGUGAUGAUGUAGACGAAGAAGAGCGGUCAGCACUAGGAGUCAAAUCGAGAAUUAAGAUUGAGCGCCAUUUACGUGCAUUAGAAGGGAAACCCCUACUCCCUAGGAAUGGUGAUGCAACACCAGCUGGGAAAUCCAGCAUAACUCCUGGAAAAUGGGAGAUAAAAGAGACGCGGAAAUAUAAUGCAGACGCUGAUGGCUUGCUAGGCAAUGAUUCGACAUCUUUACCUUUAACUCCUGGUCUUCAAGAGCAAGGUACGGAGAAGAAAAAGAAGAAGGGAGAAAAGAAUGAUAAGAUCAAAAAGAAAUCCUCCAAAAUUGAUAUCUCAGAGCCUCCUAAACCCUUGAUUGAAGAAGUCGAACUCAAUGGCGAGUCUGAUUCAGAUGAAGAAAUGCGGGAUGCAGCUGAUACGAAUGCGAAUAUAGAAAGCGCAAGGCAACAAAAAGAAGUAAAUGAUACUCCUUCUAAGUCUUCUGAGGAUCAGGAUAUUAGACGAGCCGAAGCUGUCGGCCUUUCUCUAAAAAAGUACAAGAAGAAGGUAGCCAAAGGAUGCGUCAAAGUCAAUGCGGACGGCACACCUAUCUUGUUGAGCAAAAAAGAAAUGAAGAAGGAUAAAGCUGCCACGGUUCCCCACAGUGAAGAAACUCCGACUAAAAAAAGAAAAUCUGGUCAAGAUGUAACAUCUGAAAAGAAAAAGAAGAAAAAGUCUCUUCACUGA